UUAGCUGCCGCUAUUUAAGACAGCGAAGAAGCCCGAAGCCGGAAGGACAGAGCCUGACAGAAGGACGGAACUGUGGUGGGUUAGUCCAUGAAAGAUGCUGUCCGUAAUCGCAAAUGUGUUCAGGGCAAGCGCCCAGAGGAGUGGGGCUGCAGUGGCUAUGUCAGCACGCACAUAUGCUGAUUUUGCAACCCAGGCCACCUUUGAAAUAAAGAAAUGUGAUGUCUUCAAGCUGGAUGAGGGCCCUGCCACUCAGGUGGUUCUGACUCGUGAUGAGGGUCUGCAGUACUACCGCAGCAUGCAGACCAUGAGGCGUAUGGAGCUGAAGGCAGAUCAGCUGUAUAAGCAGAAGAUAAUCAGAGGAUUCUGCCACUUGUAUGAUGGCCAGGAAGCCUGUGCUGUUGGUAUUGAAGCCUCAAUUAACUUGUCAGACCACCUGAUCACUGCAUAUCGUGCCCAUGGCUACACUUACACCCGGGGAGGGACUGUGAAGGAGAUCAUGGCUGAGCUCACUGGGAGAAGAGGUGGUAUUGCAAAGGGCAAGGGAGGCUCUAUGCACAUGUACUGUAAAAACUUCUAUGGAGGAAAUGGAAUUGUUGGCGCUCAGGUUCCCUUGGGUGCUGGUGUAGCACUUGCCUGCAAGUAUCAAGAAAACAAUCAGCUAUGUGUCUGUCUCUAUGGUGAUGGUGCUGCCAACCAGGGCCAGAUCUUUGAAACCUACAACAUGGCUGCUCUUUGGAAGCUGCCUGUUAUCUUCAUCUGUGAGAACAACCGGUAUGGCAUGGGCACCUCAGUGGAGCGAGCUGCAGCCAGCACAGACUACUACAAGAGAGGGGAGUUCAUUCCUGGCCUCAGGGUGGAUGGCAUGGAUCUUCUGUGUGUCCGGGAAGCAACCAGGUUUGCUGCUGAUCACUGUCGCUCUGGGAAGGGUCCUAUUAUCAUGGAACUCCAGACAUACCGCUAUCAUGGACACAGCAUGAGUGAUCCUGGGAUAAGCUACCGCACACGUGAGGAGAUCCAGGAAGUCCGCAGUAAGAGUGACCCCAUCUCCACGCUGAAGGAUCGUAUGCUCAGCCACAACUUGGCCAGUGUGGAGGAGCUCAAGGAAAUUGAUGUGGAAGUGAGGAAGGAGAUUGAGGAUGCAGCUCAGUUUGCCACCACAGACCCAGAGCCCCCACUGGAAGAACUCUGCAAUCAUAUCUUCUACAAUGAGCCACCUUUGGCGGUGCGUGGCACAAACCCAUGGGCCAAGCUGAAGUCUGUUAGCUAAAGUUCUGGACCCCCCCCCCCAUACUGCAUAACCCACCCAACCAACCCCCUUUCUUUCAUACGCACAUGUGCCUCAUCACAAAGUGUUAAGCAUCAGCAAGUAAUUGACUUCAUGCUGUAAAAACAGUUGGCCAUAUUUACAAAGAUGUCUGUAGGUUGUGUCAGUUUAACUAGACAUAAAAGAUCAGAGUUGCUCUUCUACCUCAAGUCUUGAAACUGCCACAGUGAAGGAUUACAAUGCUAUUGGUGGUGCAAUCUAAAAAUUUGUACCUUCAUUUAUGCAUUUCACCAUUAACUUUUGCCAGAUUUUAGUGACUAAAUCAGUUUCUGCUAGACUUUAUCCUUUCACUGAGACUUGAGGCAUAUUUAAUCCCUUGGGUCUUUGUAAAUCUGGCCCUAUGACUACAUAGUGGAUUAUUUGCUGUUAUGCUCAUUUUUGAGGUACUGUAAAUGUUGCUGUCAAACAGACUGUAUGACCUUAACAUGGCUUUGCUCUUUAUAUUUAAUGUACAUGAUAAAGUCAACUUGCAAUGA